CACAUUUCAAGAAAUAGUUUUUCCAUUAAAUCAUCCAGACGAAAAAAAAAGGGGUCAUUACUUCCUUAAUUCCUUUUGGUUAACAGAAAGGGGAAUAUGGGAUAAGCGAUUAAGAGGCAAAUGUGUUAAAUACGUAAAAGAUGAAACAAAAAUAUGCUGUAAUAAGAGAAAAUUGGCUAGGCAGCUAGACUUUAUGGAACAAAAAAAUGUUCUUGAGGAAAUU